AUGACGCUGGCCGACAUCGAACUAUUUCGAGAACAACCUAUGGGAAGGCAACAACUACAAGACCCAGCACCAUGGGCAAGACUCCCAGUCACAAUAGGAUAUUUCCCAAUUUCCAAAAACGCCGCGUCAAAAAACAUAGCUGAAGCUCGAGCCCUUUUCAACAACAUUAGACAUAACCAAUUAAGGUCCACCACAAUGGCCUAUACAGACGGCUCCCUCAAUAAAACUACGGGAAAAACGACCUGCGCGCUUUACCUCCCGACCUUAGAAAUUGAAGAAACAUACACGUUAAACAAUCGCUCCUCCAUCUUCACAGCCGAAGCCCAUGUAAUACUGAAAGCCAUGGAAGCAAUCUACCAUCAUGAAGAAUUAAUAAGCGAACUCACCGUGCUCACGGAUUCCAGAUCAGUCCUCCAAACCAUUGAAAACCCUGGCAGAGAAACACAUGAAAUCAUUGACACCAUCCUUAGCACAGCUGAAAAGUUUAAAAGUGCAGGUACCAAAGUGAACCUCUACUGGAUACCAAGUCAUGUUGGAAUACCAGGUAAUGAGAGAGCAGAUAAGCUAGCGUCAGAGGAAAGUUCCAGACAAGGCACUGGCAGACUCAUCAACAACCAACUGUCCGCUCUAGAACAGAGCUCCAUCUUCAGGGAUAACCUAAAGCAAAUAAACAUGACUGAACUGCAAAGAGGCCAUGAGAAAGAUAACACACAUCAGAGGAAAAGAACUGGCCCUCUAAAAUGGCACUCACAUAAAUCCAGAUACAUCACAAGGUUAUUAUUCAGACUGCGGACAGGCCAUAACAGGCUCAAAGCCAACCUAGCCCGUUUCAACAACCAAGUCAAUCCAAUAUGCAGAAACUGUGAGGAAGAACAUGAAACCACAAUACAUGUCCUGCUGGAAUGCUCCGCCUUAGAGAUAGAAAGAACAGAAAUCAGCAGCUAUCUGACAACAAACAAUAUCGAACACAACUUAACGAACCUUCUGGGACUCAACCUCGAUAUCCACAGCACCAAACAAUACGAGAUCCAAAGGCUACUAACUCGAUACCUAAAAGAAACGAGACUAGUCGACAUAAUCUAAACAGUGAGCAAGUGUACACUUCCUUACCUUACCCACAACAACCAGAGAUCAACACAGCAAAGAACAAAAGCAAGGAAACACGCAUACCAA